AGGUGGAGAUGAUGCUAUCCAUGGAGCCCAGUGGUCGCCUCUUGCUGUCGCCCUCCCGCGGCGCGGCAUCGCGCAAGGGGGAUGCGGAGAAGCGCAACUGUUUUGGAGUUCGAUUGAAACUGCAGAAGGAAGUCCGGGACUAUGUUGAACUUCACUGCAACAACACCCCGCCACAGGAGUUCCAACAGGUGCUCGACCAUCUGUGGCAAAAGAUCCGUGGCUGUUGCAACGUGGCCAUGGAGGGCAGGUCUUGGAGUGAGAUCGGAUGGCCCGGAUCGCAGAACCAGGUGAAGCGAAAAGCCCUGAAAGACUUGAAGAAUCGCGGUGAUGUCAUCAUCGCACGAGGUUUGCCCGCCUUAGACGCCCUGCGCAUCGCGCGCGGCCUGAAGGAACACACCGCAGCGGGCGCGGAGUUCGUGGAAGACAAAUCCAUGGCCAACGAAAUCAAGAUUGGCGACAUGGUGCAGCUGGUUACUACGCAAAACUCGCUGGAUAUCCAGUUGAGCCUCUUCCAGUCGACCGACUGGGGCCAGCCGCCCCCCUUUGGCGGCUUUGGCGGCUUCAACUUUGGCGGUGCCCAACUGGCACCGGGGGAAGCGGGGAAGGUGACGAAUGUGAACUUCAACCGAGGUCAGGUGCAUGUGGAGACGAAGAAAGGUGGCCGUUGGUAUCCAGAGGAUGAUGUCAUGAAGGUAGAUCCCAAAGCGCUCGGACUGGUACCUCUAACAGAUUCGGAGUGGGCCGGGCUGCCGUCGACUCGAGCCAACUAUGUGUCCUUCAGUCAACAGCUGCCAAAUCCUUUACUGGAAGGCGGCUGGGUCGGCAAGGGCCGGGCCGAGAAGUCGGAGGAGACCAGCGCGGCGGAGAUCGAUCUGAACUUCGACGUGGUGCAGAUGGGCUUCAUGUCGUCAUACGUGGACGCGCAGGUCUUCUACGCCGAAGCCGGGCUGGAGAUCCGCGGGUUGUGGCGCACGGCGGACGGCACCUCGGGGCAGCUGACGGGCACCAAGGCGCUAGCGGGGCUGGCACUGGGAGGUCUCUGGCAUGUGGAAUUGCAAACGGGGGCCGAAUCCAUGCAACACGCGUGGAAUUGCUGGUUUUCCAGCUUUCCGCCGAGCAGUGGCAGCAACACUUCCACCAUUCAGGUCUCCGGCUCCGCCCUGGCGGGGCCUAUGCUCCAAGAGGGCUCGGCGCCGGAGAACGCGCCGCCAGCCUUGCAUAUCAGCGGCGAGAUGACUGGCAAAGGCUUGGUGUCGUUCACCAUGAGAGCCGAAGACUCCGAUCUGUCGCAACUGGAAGCCCUGGGAGCCAAGAAUUGGAUUGGUUCCACCUGGGAGGGCGAGCUGGGCAGCGACCGCUGGCUGCGUGGCUCCUGGCGUUGCGCCAGCGACAGCGCUGGCAGCGGUGGCAGCGGUCGCUGGCGCGCACGGCACAUUGGGCGCCAGGCGGUGCAUCAGACGCUGAAACCCAUGGUGGACAGCGGUGCCGAGUGGGAGCCAAAGCGCUGUGAGAUUCGUUCCGCCACCGCUGAAGUGAAGACGGGCUUGUUGAAGAAGGGUAUGAAGGUGAAGCUUUCGAAAGUCUACAAGAGUUGCAGUGACGCACAGUUUGGCCCCCUGAAGGAAGGGAUGACUGGUGUGGUGAUGCAGGAAAAUCAAGGUUCAGAUCAACCGCUGAACAUCAAGGCACCCAAUGGUCAGACCUGGUGGUAUCAGGAGAAAGCUCUGGUUCCAGCCUUUGCGCUUCAAGAUGAUUCCAGACUCUUCAACCCCUUGGGAGAUGAAUUUGAAGGUGUGUCCUUCACGCGCUUCCCAGUGACGCAAGGCAGUGCCUAUGUCGAAGUCCGCGUGGUCCGCACCGGGCGCACCAUGCCAAUGCUUGGCUUCGGGCUGAUGGAGGAGAAAGAUGGAAAGACCAUCUUGGUUCGCAUGGCCAUCAUCGAGGGCCGAACUUCUCGAAAGUUGGACCUGUCUGGCCGGCCGCAGGAAGUGCCGGAGCUCCAAAGGAAGAACUCCAAGGAUUCAGCAUCAGGGAAGGAAACGAAGGCCAGGAGAAAGAAGCAGGUGGACGAGGACGAGGAUGAUUUUGAUCUCUUUGGAGGUGCUGAAGAAGAGCCCCAAGAGGAGGACGAGGAGGUGGAAGAAGCACCGGAUGAUGGCAAGAAGAAGAAGAAAGGUUGGGACUUCGCCAAACCGUACGGCGACAAAUGGCAAGAGGGUGAUGUGAUUUGCUGUCAGGUCUUGAUGCCUUCCGGCAUCAUCGCCUUUGGCCUCAACGGAGAUUUCCAGGCACCCAUGGGCACGGCCUUUGAUCUGAAAUUGCCGCCCAACUCGAGGCUUUGUCUAAUGGCGUCUGCUGGUGAGAACGGACGGCUGCGUGUGAACAUGGGUCAGGUGGCCUUCUCCUUUCCUCCUCCAUCGCAAUUGGAGCCGCUGCUCCCUGAUAUGGAAGAUGAUGAUGAUGAGGAGAAAGAAGGUGAAGCCGCUGCAGCCAAAGAGGAUCCAGACUUCUCCAAGUUGGAACCCAUCACCGUACCCGCCUCCAUGGGCCUUGGAGAGUCCAUGCACAUUCGACCACUGUGGCAGGUGAAGUUGCCCAAGGCCGUGAAAGCUUGGCCCGUCUACGCCCUUCCAUCUCGGGAUUCACAGGGACGGCGUGCCAUGAAGGACGGAGAGAUGGUUGAGCAGAUUGCCUUGGAGUCCUCUGGUGGUGGUUGGGUUCAACACCAGGCCGGAUGGAGCCCAUGUCGAAUGGUGGUGGUUGGCCACGAGUAUGAAGCCUUGAAGCCUACGCCUGCGUGGGUUGGCAUUGACAAGCAACAGAAGGAAAAAGUCAGGAAGGCGAUCAAACGGGUGGUCCACGCAUCUUUCGACACUGAGCUGUGUUCCCAGCACUGCUGGAACUUCCGCGGAUCGGAAGAAGCACACUGCAGCAAUGGGCCCAACAUGUUGGUCAGUAUGGAAAGUGCCGCUAGUGGUAUCCUGCGUUGGUGCAUCAAGUCCGAGAACGGAAACAAAUCUAUCGAAGUUGGGGUUGUCCCCGCAGACAAGGCCGAAGAAGGAAACUUCCUCUUCGAAUCCUGUGACUGCGGUGUCAAGUCAAGUGGAACGAAGGGUGGCAGUGACAAGAAGGUCUUUGAUAUGUACCAGAAGUACAUUGAGGUCAUAGCAGACCUUGAUGUGAGGCAAAUGAAGGUUCUGGUGGGUGACAGCAGGGAGCAGAUGGUGGAGGUGAAGUCGGCAGACAUCCCCUUUGAGGAGGACAUCAAAUUGGCCAUCACCGGCUGGAACAACACCAAACUGCGAUUGGAGGUUCCGCAACGAGACAAGGCGGGUGACAGUGACGAGUCAGAAGGUGAAGAAGAAGAUGAGGAUGGUCUGCUUGUGACCAGUUGUGGCAACGCAGUGCAAGCCAGCACUUGGCACGUGGCCACUAUGGUGGUUGAUCUCCCGGCAAGUACCUUCAAGGUCUACCUGGAUGGUGAGCUCCAUCUCAAUGUGAGGGAUCCAGGAGGGUUGAUGGCGGACGGUCGUUUCUCCAUCGACCCGCGCGAGGGGAUGAUGCUCUUCAGCGCUGCCAAGCGUGGCGGCAGCGGUCUGGGUUCGGCGGACUGGCGCGCAGGAGGACACCUGCGCUCAAUGCGCUUGGACUCCAAAGCCCUGAGCCAGUUCGACGUUUGGGCGCACCAGCUGCCGAAGGGCGUCUGGAUCUGCCGCUGCACCGCGCGCAACGCGGCGGACGCCCGGGUGUGCUGGCGCUGCCGCAACACCCGCACGCGCUCGGGCGCGCGACCGCCAGGAGAUGCCGAUCCCAGAGUGGAAGGACUUACAGUUGUGACGGCAGAUUCCUUCAGAGAACUGGUGCUGGACAGUCAGAAGCAUGUCUUGCUGGUGGCCAGCGCCUCAUGGUGUCCGCCCUGUCAGCAGCUGAAGCCCCUGAUUCAUCGCCUGGCCCAGCUCCUCAGCGCCGAGCCGCAGAUUGCCAUCGCAGUCAUCGACACGGAUGAGAACGAACUGCAAAGCAGAUACUUCCCAGAGCCUCACAUCCCGAAUGUGAAGUUCUUCCUACAGGGAAAGAAGCGCCAGCCAGUGUCGGUGCCCAAUGCCUCCGGCAUGUCGUUGGACGAAUUGGCUGGGCUCAUUGAACAGCACACCGGCAUCAGCAUUCAGCAGUCGAUUGAGAAGGGCUUUCCUGCCUAUGCUGAGCGCGUGGGCGUGCACGAGCUGCUCGACAAGCUGAAGCGUUGUGCCCUCACCAAGCCCAUCCCGCGCGCGCCGGGGCAGUUGGCCUUGAAAUCCUUGGCUUCGUUCCUGUACAAUGAGCUGAUCACGGGCUGUAAGGCUGCCAGUUCCCAGCCAAAGCUCCUGCCGCCUCCGGCGCUGCAGCGCGCCAUCAGCGCCAAGACGCCCGGCGGCGCCGCGCCGCCGCAGCUGCUGCGCGCCGUGUCGGGCGGCGGCCACGAGAGACGCCGGGCGCAGCCCAGCUUUUCGCCCACCUUGAUGAUGGGGGUGGCGGAUCCAAGGUUGACGGAGCGGUUGAUGGAAGAAUUGGACCGUCAGCUGCUUCAUUUGGUGCGCGUGGCCCAGCCCGAAGACUUCAAGAGUUUCCUGAUCAGCUUCCUGUUGAAGGCCUCAUGUCCAAGUUACAGCCACUCCAACUUUUACAACGCCUUGUCCCGGGUCUCCUGGCAAGUGCCACCCAUGGCGGAAAACUUGGUGGCGGCCACCCGCAUCUUCCGUUUCCUCCUCCGUUGGGCGUGCGCCCGGCGCCUCCUCAGCGGCCGGCCGCCGCUGACGGCGCCCUGGGCGCCGCAGACGGAGAUGAGUGCGGCGGCGCAACGGCACAGCUGGAGGCGGAUUGAAAUUGCCUUGGCCAACGAGGAACACCGCCACGGUCUGGCAGAGAUGGCUCUGUUGCUGGACCGCGGGCUGCCGCCUGAUACAGCGCCCUUUGGGCUCACGCCCCUGCUGUUAGCUGCUUCCAUCGGUCACCUUCCAGCGACCCAGUUCCUCUAUGUCCGUGGUGCCUCGCCACAUGUGGUGGGCGGCCAGCCGCCGUUGCUGCCGGUGGAGGCGGCAGCAAGGCACAACCACCUUCGGAUCGUGGAAUUCCUCAUGGAGAACGGUUCCGUGGGCAGCCGGGCCAUGCACUUCGCGGCCGCGGGCGGCUCCUUGGACGUGGCCCACUACCUGCUGGCCAAAGGUUGCUCCGCCGAUGCCCCGG